AGUCCGCGUCCGCUCCAUCCGAGCUGCGAGUGCGUUCGGCGGCGGUGCGUCGUUGCGCAUAGGCUGGACAGCGAUGAGCAGAUCCCCGCGGAGCUGGACGAGCAGACAUGGAUCCCCGCAAAAAAACGCUGCUGUCCCUGCUGUGGAUUUUAUUGCUGCAGGACGUGGAGGAGUGUGGCGGAGAGGAAGUUGUGCUCCUGAAUUCUAAGGAGACUCAGGCGGAGCUGGGAUGGACUUCGUAUCCCCCCAAUGGAUGGGAGGAGAUCAGCGGCGUGGAUGAGAAGUAUAAGCCCAUCCGUACGUACCAGGUGUGUAACGUGAUGGAGCCGACGCAGCAGAACAACUGGCUGCAGACGGGCUGGGUGGCGCGCCGCGGCGGCCAGCGCAUCUUCGUGGAGCUGCAGUUCACGUUGCGGGACUGCAACAGCAUCCCCGGGGUGGCUGGCACCUGCAAAGAGACCUUCAACCUCCUGUACGUGGAGUCGGAUCGCAACCUCGGCGGCGUCACCCGGGAGGACCGUUACACCAAGAUUGACACCAUCGCCGCCGACGAGAGCUUCACGCAGGGCGACCUCGGCGAGAGGAAGAUGAAGCUGAACACGGAGGUGCGCGAGAUCGGCCACCUCAACCGCAAGGGCUUCCACCUGGCGUUCCAGGACGUGGGCGCCUGCGUGGCGCUGGUCGCCGUACGGGUUUACUACAAACGCUGCCUAGCGACGGUCCAGAACCUGGCGGUGUUUCCCGACACCGUGGCCGAAGCUGCCUUUGCUACGCUGGUGGAGGUGCGCGGCUCCUGCGUCAACAAUUCUGAGGUGGACAUGGACAGUCCUCCCAGGAUGCACUGCAGCGCCGAGGGCGAGUGGCUGGUGCCGAUCGGGAAGUGCAGCUGCAGCGCCGGAUAUGAGGAAGGUCACAGCAGCUGUGAAGCGUGUCCACCCGGUUCCUACAAGAUGUCGUCCAGGCAGCAGGAGUGUUUUCCGUGCCCCGCCAACAGCAUCGCCGAUGAGGAGGGGUCUGUGGUGUGUGUGUGUGAGGAGGACCACUUCCGGACGCCCCUGGACAGCCCCUCUGCGCCGUGCACACGCCCACCCUCUCCACCCAGAGACCUGCAGUACACCCUGAAGAUGUCCACGCUGAUCCUCGAGUGGUCCCCUCCCUCUGACACGGGGGGCAGGAUGGACCUGACAUACAGUGUGGGCUGCCGGCGCUGUGCAGGGUUGCAGUGUGACCCCUGCGGGUCCAGCGUGGGCUUCGUUCCCCAGCAGGUUGGACUAACGGAGCAGACAGUGACAAUGGUCAACCUCCUCCCCAACACUAACUACACAUUCACCGUGGAAGCCCUGAACGGAGUGUCGGAGCUGCUGCCCAACAAGAGGUUCUACACCCAGGUCAACGUGUCCACAAGUCUGCCAGCAGCACCAUCUCUGAUCAGCGAGCUGCGAGCAGAGAAGAUCGAGCAGAAAAGCAUCACGUUGGCAUGGAGGAAGCCUGCAUACCCAAACAGCAGCCGCACGGAGUACGAAGUCAAGUAUUACGAGAAGGAACAGAAGGACCAGAGUUACUCAACGGUGAAGACCGCAGCUACACGGAUCAGCGUCAACAACCUGAAACCUGGAACCACAUACGUCUUCCUCAUCCGUCCUUUCACAACACCAGCCCCCUCCUCAUCCUUAUCUUCCCCUGCCUUCUCCUCAUCCUCCUCUUCAUCUUCCUCCUCUCUUUCCUCCUCCUCCUCGUCCUCCCCUCCGCCCAUUGAUUACGGAGCAUACAGCACUCCUCUGGAGCUACAGACUCUCGGCGAGUUGGCCCUGGCGUCCAGCGAGCAGAGUCCGGUAGUGAUCAUCGUUGUCGUUUCCGUGGCAGCCCUCAUCAUGCUGCUGUCCAUGGGAGUUGGACUGCUCAUCUGGAGGAGACAAUGCGGCUACAGCAAAGCCUCCCAGGAGGGAGACGAGGAACUCUACUUCCAGUUUAAGAUCCCAACUCGGAGGACGUACAUCGACCCAGAGACAUGCGAGGACCUGCUGCAGGCAGUGCACGCCUUCGCUAAAGAGUUGGACAACCAGAGCAUCAAGAUCGAGAGGAUUGUGCACACAGGGGACUUCGGAGAGGUGUGUCGCGGCUGCCUGAAGCUGCCUAGCAAGAGGGAGCUGCCGGUGGCCAUCAAGACGCUGAGAGCCGGCUGCUCCGACAAGCAGCGGCGCUCCGUCCUCAGUGAGGCUGGCAUCCUGGGACAGUUCGACCACGCCAACAUCAUUCGGCUGGAGGGCGUGGUCACCACCGGAAACACCAUGAUGAUCAUCGUGGAGUGCAUGUCUAACGGAGCCCUGGACUCUUUCCUCCGGAAACAUGAAGGCCAGCUGAGCAUGAUGCAGCUGAUAGACAUGCUGGCCGGCGUGGCGUCAGGGAUGAAGUACCUCACCGAGAUGGGCUUCGUCCACAGACGACUGGCUGCACACAAGGUGCUGGUGAACUCCAAUCUGAGCUGUAAGGUGUCUGGCUUCAGACCACUUCAGGAGGACAAGAUAGAGGCCAUCUACACCACCCUGCACGGUGGGAAGAGCGUGGUUCUGUGGACUGCUCCGGAAGCCAUCCAGUACCACCGCUUCUCCUCCGCCUCUGACGUCUGGAGCUUCGGCAUCGUCAUGUGGGAGGUGAUGUCCUACGGGGAGAGGCCCUACUGGGACAUGGGCAACCAGGAUAUCAUCAAGGCCAUCGAGGACGGCUUCAGGCUGCCAGCCCCGGUUAACUGCCCUCCGCACCUCCACCAGCUGAUGCUGGACUGCUGGCAGAAGGACCGGACGGAGAGGCCCAGCUUCAGCCAGAUCCACUCCGCGCUCAGCAAGAGCAUCCGCUCGCCAGAUGGCAUCGGGUCGUCCACGCUGGCUCGCCGAACUCUAAGCUCAUCGAUCACCCUGGCAGAACGGCCGCUGCCCACGUUCCCAUCCUUCAACUCGGUGGGCGAGUGGCUGGACGCCGUGGACAUGGGCCGAUACAAGGACAACUUCACGGCGGCUGGAUAUUGCUACCUGGAGUCAGUAGCGCGGAUGACUGUACAGGACGUCCUGAGCCUCGGCAUCACCUCCCUGGAGCACCAGAAGCUGAUCCUUGCUGCCAUCCAGACUCUCAGAGCCCAGGUCAUCCAGAUGCAUGGCCGCGGUGUGCAGGUCUGAGCGGAGGACUCACCUGGACUCGAGCUGCUACCGCCCACCCGCGCAGGUGUACAGGUGUGCAGAUGGACGGGGUUGGAGAAGAGGGGAGGUCUCUUCUACAACGAGGAAAGAUGAGCAUGUCUUUCAGCUGACUGCACUCCUCCUCCUUCCCUCACGUCCUCAUGCCUUCCUUCAUUCCUUCUUCCCUUUUUCAAAGAGUCUCCAAGGAAGCGAGCGGCAGGGAGCAGCAGGGAGACUUUGUGAUGCUCUUCUGCGACCUGGCUGCUUCUGUCUGGAUUAGUUUGGGUAAAUGUUCCCUACAAUGUAUGUUGUGAUGGACAGGAACUAUUUCUGCAGUCAUUAGUGAAGAUGGAGCAUUUAUUUCGGCAGCUGAGGAUGGCAGAGCUUCCCAGGUGGGAGGAACUAGAGGACCAGGAGCCCGCCUUCACAAAGGUGUUCUAUUAUCACCAGUUCCAGCCUGCUAUUCUUCACACCCAAUGAUGUUACAGGCAGACGAAUGCUGCUGCUCCUCCUCGUGUUUUUUAUUUUCUCCUGUUUUCUUUGUGCACUUUUUCCAUCAUGCCACAGGAUGUCGUCCUUGGGAACAUGAUCCUGCUGUCAUGUUUGUUGCUCUGUACAGAAGUGAGGCCAGCUUUUAAAGCUGGCCUGCUUUUUUUUUUUUGAUAUUUAUCCUUAUUUAUUUAUUUAUGUUCUCUGACACUGAUGGGAACCUCUCACCACAAGGUGGUUUAUUUAAUGUCUUGUUCUGUUGUUUUAUUCUUAUGGUGAGUUUUUAUUAAAACAAGUACAUGCAGUCUGAGGGCACAGCUAAAUAAAAGCCACUCUAUGUAACAAUACCACCACUGACCAUGUGGGGGCAGCAUAUCACAAGAACAACUCAAAUGUCUGACACAUUAACUGU